AUGGCAUCAAUUGACAUUAACAAUCUCAACUCCUGGGACAAAGAAUUCAAGACUGAUCUAUCCCACCAAUUGGCUAGCACAGUUUUGAAAAAUGAUGACGCAAACACUAUUUUGUUGAACAGGUCCCGUUUAUUGGAACAAGAUUUGAGAGUCUUUAACACUGCAAUUUCCACUCCUGGUGCUCCAGUGACUAAUCAACGUUCGUCUGGUAGGUGCUGGUUGUUUGCUGCCACGAACCAAUUGAGAAUCAAUGUUGCUGCUGAGCUCAAUUUAAAGGAAUUCGAGCUUUCGCAAGCCUAUUUGUUCUUCUACGAUAAACUAGAGAAGGCAAACUACUUUCUAGAUCAGAUUAUCGAUACCCAUGAGGAAGAAAUCGGGUCCCGUUUGGUCGAUUACUUACUUACUGACCCAACUAGCGACGGUGGCCAGUACAGUAUGUUGUUGAACUUGGUGAAAAAGUAUGGGUUGCUUCCAAAGGACCUGUAUAACGAUUUGCCAUUCUCGACUACUUCUUCCAGAACUUGGAACGGGUUAUUGAAGACCAAACUCAGAGAGUUUGCCGAGGAACUGAGAAAUGAACUUUCUCAAGGUAAAGAUGUUACUAAAUUGAGAGCUGAAUUGCAAAAAGAGAUCUUUAGACUCAUGUCUUUGUUUAUGGAUUUUCCAAGAUUUAAACCCGACGAAGAAUUCACUUGGUCUUAUGAGGACAAAGAUGGAAAAGUCCACACUUUAAAAACCACUCCGCUGGAAUUUGCUUCUAAGUAUGCUAAACUGGAUACCAAAAAACCGGUGUCUCUAAUCAAUGACCCAAGACACCCUUACGGUAAACUGAUUGAGAUUGAACGUUUGGGAAAUGUCUUAGGAGGUGAUAAAGUCAUUUAUCUGAACGUCGAUAACAAGGUUCUCGCUGACUUAGUCGUCAAGAGAUUAAAGAAUAAUAAGACAAUUUUCUUUGGUUCCCACACGCCUAAAUUCAUGGACAGAAAAUUUGGAAUCAUGGAUGUUCAACUAUGGAACCUUCCAGCCAUCAAAUACGACUUAAAGCAAGAAAAAGCCUCUAGAAUCAGAUAUGGUGAGAGUUUGAUGACACAUGCAAUGCUGAUCACUGGGGCUCAUAUCGACGAGAACACUCAGCAACCAGUUCGUUAUCGUGUGGAAAACUCAUGGGGUAAGGACUCCGGAAAAGAUGGUAUGUACGUGAUGACUCAAGAAUAUUUCGAAGAGUACUGUUUCCAAAUCGUUGUUGACAUUGAUGAGCUUCCUAAGGAACUGGCAGCUAAGUUCACCUCCAAAGUAGAAAAUCCAAUUCUUCUUCCAAUCUGGGAUCCAAUGGGUGCUUUGGCUCAAUAA